AUGGGCGUGAAUAUAUUGCUGUUCCUGUGGCGCGGUAGUGAUGCAAUAGGUGGGCAACAAUCACGACCUACAGGAACCGUUGCCGGUACCACUUUUCGAGGAUUAAUCCCAUUUUCGCAUGAUGCUACUACGCAUGACGGGUUUGUGUUUCAAAAAUGGGGGCUUUGCGCUGGGAGGGACGACUUGUCCGAGGAGAAACGGCUGUCCGAGGAGAACCCUCGGAUACUCCCCCACCAAUGCGAACAUCGGUCUAGCAUACUACCACAAAAUCCAGGACUUAUCCUUUACGGUAGAUUGUAUUUAUCGGUUCAGAAAACGUACUGA